CGUAAAUCGAGGUGGUAACGGGUGGAAAUUCAAAAUUAAAUGGCUCGUGAAAAAAAAGAAAAGCUUUUUGAAUUUCGUAAUCUGUUUGUGUGGGACAGCUGGAUCCUACCCGAGGGAGCAGUUACUCGCACGUGCUUUCCUAGAGAGAGAAAAGCUGUUUCUCUACUUACCAACAUUCCAGUCGCACGUGAGGCUUCUAAUGGGCCUAUUUUGAAAAUAGGCUUUACUCUUAAACGUCGUGAUGUUCUAUGGCAAAAUCCUCCGACGGCACGCAUGCUGACGUAAGACGAAACGUGAAAUGAAAUGGGCCAGGCCAACCUUCGGGCUGAACCUUACUUAUAAAAAGAUCUGGUCUAAGGGUCGGUUGUGACCGGUUUAACUUUGGUUAAGACUCAAUUUAAUUUGUCCGUGGGAGAGACCCGAGUAGAUAUUUUAAACGAUAUUAAUAUUCCCAAAAUACGAAAGCAAAUCAGGUUCUUUGCCCUACGAAGUUCGAAAAAGCUAGAGGAGGAGGAAGAAGAUGGCGCAUAGAAUACUCAGAGAUCACGACGCCGAUGGCUGGGAACGCGCUGACUUCCCCAUCAUCUGCGAGUCUUGUCUCGGCGACAAUCCUUAUGUCCGAAUGACAAAAUCUGAUUACGACAAAGAGUGCAAGAUCUGCACCCGACCGUUCACCGUAUUCAGGUGGCGCCCCGGCCGCGACGCUAGGUACAAGAAAACCGAAGUCUGUCAGACAUGCUGCAAGCUCAAGAACGUGUGCCAAGUCUGUCUCCUGGAUCUCGAGUAUGGUCUUCCCGUUCAGGCCAGAGACACGGCCCUCAACAUCAGCACUCAUGAUUCCAUCCCCAAAAGCGAUGUCAACAGAGAGUUCUUCGCCGAAGAGCAUGAUCGAAAGACGAGAGCUGGAUUAGAUUAUGAGUCUUCUUUUGGAAAGAUUCGUCCUAAUGAUACCAUUCGUAUGCUUCAAAGAACGACGCCGUAUUACAAGAGGAACCGAGCGCAUAUUUGUAGUUUCUUUAUUAGGGGAGAGUGUACUAGAGGUGAAGAAUGUCCUUACCGCCACGAGAUGCCUGAGACAGGAGAGUUAUCCCAGCAGAACAUUAAAGACCGUUACUAUGGUGUGAACGAUCCAGUGGCGUUGAAGUUACUUGGGAAGGCAGGUGAGAUGGGCACAUUGGAAACUCCAGACGAUCAAAGCAUCAAGACGCUUUACGUCGGCGGGCUAAACUCUCGAGUCCUUGAGCAAGACAUAAGAGAUCAGUUCUACGCAUACGGAGAGAUCGAGUCCAUCAGAAUCUUGGCGGAGAAAGCGUGUGCCUUUGUCACGUACACGACCAGAGAAGGAGCGGAGAAAGCUGCUGAAGAGCUCAGCAACAAGCUAGUUGUCAACGGUCAGAGGCUUAAAAUCUCUUGGGGAAGACCUCAAGCUCCCAGAACUGAUCCAGAUGGCGGCGGCUCGCAGCAGCAAGGCGGUGUGGCUCAUACUGGAUUGCUGCCUCGUGCUGUGUUAUCUCAGCAGCAUAAUCAACCUCCACCGAUGCAGCAGUACUAUAUGCACCCGCCACCACCACAACAACCUCAUCAGGACAGACCCUUUUACCCGUCGAUGGACCCUCAGAGAAUGGGUGCAGUCACUUCGUCUCAAGACAGUGGUGAUAACAGAAUGCCUCCACAUGGGCAUUAUCAGCAGCACCAGCCGUACCCGCCACAGCCAUAUGGAGGGUAUAUGCAACAGCCUUACCAGCAGCAUCCUCCUUACCACCAUGGCCCACCACAAGCUGCUCAUCCUUAUCCGCAACAGCAACAACAGCCGGGUACUGGUUCAAGGCCUAACCCUCCUCCUCCAAGCUCAGUCUCUGCUCCACCACCUGAAUCUGUGUCUCAUGCACCAUCAGGGUCCUCUUCUCAGCAAUCUGCUGAGGCUGCUGUUACUGGUACGUCCCAGUAGAAACCGUUGCCGGUUUAUUCGAAUUUUUGCUUUUGUUAUUUAAAUAGACUCCAAUGUAACGACAAUUCCUGUUCAGCAAUGUGUUGCUGUUGAAUUUUAUGACGAGAGUAAUAGAAGAGAACUUUUUCAGUUUU